AUGCAGUCCAACCUUCCAUCCUGGAAGGACUCUCCAUUCUCUAAGAAGCAUAUCCAGAUCCCCUGGCGCUCAAUACAGCUCUUGGUACCUCACCGAUUGCGCCGCAGGCUGCGGUCCAAGCUACGGAAUCGGGGGUCGCCUGCGUCCUCCAUCUCUGCUCUACAGACUUCAUUCUCUCCUGCAGACACGCUCCGGUCGCUGCAGAACCACAAAUGGACCGUCUAUGACUUCCAGUGGCUGUUUCUCGCCAUCGUCGGCAUUUUCUCUCUGUCCAUCAUCGAGUCCCCGGGUCCUCUGGUCAAGAUCGCGGUUGCCACCACUCUCCUCACUUCAAUGAUCUUCCCUAUCACACGACAAUUCUUCCGACCGUUUAUGCCCAUCGCUGCAUAUUUAAUCUGGUUCUACGCCUGCAGAUUCAUUCCCGCCGAAUGGCGACCACCUAUCUGGGUCAAAGUCCUACCUGCCCUCGAGAAUAUCCUCUAUGGCGCCAAUCUAUCCAACAUCCUCUCGGCCCAUAAGAGCACUGCUCUCGAUCUGUUGGCCUGGUUCCCUUACGGUCUGGGUCAUUUCGGAGCUCCCUUUGUUUGCUCCGCAAUCAUGUUUGUCUACGCUCCUCCCACCACAGUCACCGUUUUCGGCUUCAGUUUCGGAUACUUGAACUUGAUCGGAGUUAUUACCCAAGUCUUGUUCCCUUGUUCCCCGCCGUGGUACGAGAACAUGUACGGGUUGGCUCCUGCAAAUUACUCGAUGAAGGGAUCCCCAGCUGGCCUGGCCCGCAUCGAUGCUCUGCUCGGUUUCGACAUGUAUACUUCAGGUUUCACCGCGUCUCCUAUGGUCUUCGGCGCGUUUCCAUCCCUUCAUGCUGCCACUUCCACCCUUGAAGCGCUCUUCAUGAGCCAUUGCUUCCCCAAGCUCACUCCUUUGUUUGCCUUCUACGCCAUGUGGUUGUGGUGGGCUACCAUGUACUUGUCCCACCAUUACGCAGUGGAUCUGGUCGCUGGCAGCUUGUUGGCCGGUAUCAUCUUCUACUUUGCGAAGGCUAACUUCCUUCCCCGUCUGCAACCGGACAAGAACUACCGAUGGGAUUAUGACUUUAUCGAGGUUGGCGAACGUCACGAUGAUUAUGAAUAUGGAAUUGCUGGCCUCAAUGGUGACGGACCCGAUAGUGAUGAGUGGACCAUUGGCUCCUCAUCUUCCGUCUCUUCUGGUUCAUUAAGUCCCACUGAGGAAAGUCAACACGCCUGGACUGAAGCAUAUUCCAACCACGAAAGAUGA